AUGGCCUCAUCAGGCGAAGCGAGCACUUUGGCGCCAGAGAGCCAACCAUCGCCUGCAACUUUCUUAAAUGUUCCAAGAAAUUCAAUCAGCGUCCACAAUCAGUCUUCCGUCUCUUCAUUUAAUUCAGUGUUGGCCGGGCCGAGUAGAAAACAUACUCGAUGCACCGAUAGCCCCACCGAAUUCGCGAAGACGCUGUCUGAAAAGCUAGCCGGGCCCUGGAUCGAACACGCUUUUGAGAAGUUGGAAUGUGGCCACUUUAUUCCGGUACACGAGGAUUCAGAACGAUGUGGUUGCGGUCGUGCUCUCGGAGAGCAUUCUCAAGCAGCUCUUUCCGGAAUUAACGCCAGCCCCUUUCCGUCACGUUUUGCAGCUAGUUCCUCCAAUCUAUCUUCAAGGCCAGCCCCUGGAUCUUGGAAUAUAAAUGACCACACCCUGGCAUCGAAAACAGAUGCCUUUGGUCAAAUUGUUUUCCAGGGUGGCGCUCAUGCUCACAAAGCUCAUUAUGUGAGACUCGCCUACGAUAGUGAUCCGGACGAAAUUUGUUAUUUGUUGGAGAAAGUAUGGGUUCUUCCCCCUCCACGGCUUGUAAUUACCGUCCAUGGAGGGAUGCGCAAUUUUGAGAUCCACGACAAGCUUGGCCGUUUAUUUCGAGAAGGACUUUUGAAAGCAGCACAGACCACCGGUGCUUGGAUUUUGACGCAUGGAAUAGACAGCGGAGUAGUUCGACACGUAGCUCGUGCUUUGGAUGAGGCCGGAAUAUCAGCGAGAAUGCGUUCACGUGUCGUCAUUAUCGGAAUCGUAGCAUGGGGUGUAUUAAAGGGGAAGAAACGAUUGAUUGGCAAGGAUACGACAGUGGCAUACGAUCAACAUACUUUUCAUUCAAAAACUGGCUGGGGAGUGCUAAAUGACCGACAUUCGUAUUUUCUCCUUGUCGAUAAUGGUACAAAUGGCCGACAUGGUGCUGAAGUGGCUUUGAGGAGGAAAUUAGAGGAACAUCUUGCGGAUACAAGUCUACACUAUGGGGCAAGAAAAGUACCGAUGGUUUGUACAGUACUUGAAGGGGGAUCUCACACCAUUGCAGCCGUUAAUCAUUAUCUGAAUCGGCAACCGGAAGUGCCAGUGAUUGUUUGCGAGGGAUCGGGAAGAGCUGCUGAUUUGUUGGCUUUUGCGAAAAGAAUGGUCGAGCCAGAUGGACGAUUGCCUUCAGAAGUAAAAAUACAGCUAGAAUCAAUGGUAUCGAAUAUGCUCUCGUCUGCUUCGAGCGAUAAAAUUGUGGAGAUGAUCGAGCAAUGUGCUCGACACGAGCAACAGCUAACAGUCUUUCGACUUGGAGAAAGCAAAGAGGAAGACGUUGAUCACGCUAUUCUAACGGCUAUCCUGAAAAAGCAGAAUCUAUUACUACCAGAUCAGCUUGCCUUGGCCUUGGCCUGGGAUCGGGUUGAUGUUGCUCGGGCUUGUCUAGCUUCAUCUGGCCGUUCCUGUCCGUCAGAGAAGCUUCAUCAAGCGAUGACCGAUUCUUUGAGGCUAAACCGCGAUGAAGACAGUAUGAAUUCCGUACGUCUCCUUGACCCGGAAGAUAAUGGAGAAAGUGUACGCUACCUCACGCUACCGGAUAUAGGUGAAAUAAUCGAGCGGUUGAUGGGUGAUGCCUAUAAAUGCCCAUAUUCUACUAGACCCUUUCGUGCCAAAUACGAUUUGCGUCAUCGUCGUACCAACGGUUUGAAGGGCAAUCGAAAGAUCAAAAGAUCUCUGAGCAAAGACCGAAAUUCGGAAACUGCGCCGGCCGAAAAUGACUGCGAUUUCGCUUUUCCAUUCAAUGAGCUGAUGAUUUGGGCUGUGUUAUCAAGAAGAGCCGAAAUGGCCCGUUGUAUGUGGCAACAUGGCGAAGACGCUUUGCUAAAAUGUCAGACGGCCAUACGAUUGUACAAAUCUAUUGCAAACCUUGCCGAACAAGAGUAUCUUGAGCUGGAGGUGGCCAAAACGUUGCGGGAGCAUGCCGCUGAAUUUAAGCGAGAAAGCUUACUUCUUCUCGAGCACUGCCACCAAACAGAUGCCGAGUUGACCGUAUCUCUCCUCACUGCCGAAAUGCCGCGUUGGGGUCAUCAUACCGUACUCUCCCUUGCUGUUCUUGCCAACAAUAAAGCCUUUCUAGCGCAUCAAUGCUGUCAGCUGUUAUUGGCGGAACUAUGGCAUGGUGGGAUUAGAUUGAGGAGCCGUUCCAAUAUCCGUGUACUAUUCGGGUUACUAUGCCCUCCAGCCGCACUCACUUUGGCCUAUCGCAUAAAACGGGACGAGGCAAAUCUUCAAGAAAUCGAUCAUCGGAAAAAGGACGAGUACAAGCAGCAUCGGUCGUGCUCAAAGAGAUUCCGACCCGAUUCUGGAGUGGAAUGGACCGAGAAAAGUGACGUUCGGCCAAGAUCUCUCAGCCAUCAACCGCAAAUCGAGCGUGUAUCAGAGCUGCGAAAGUUUCCGACGGCGCCAAUCACAAAGUUCUGGGCGUGGGCCUUCUUCUUCCACGUCUUCUUGAUCGCGUUCAGCAACGUGCUCAUUGUCAAAUUUUCGCCGAUCCCAACAAAUACAGAAUGGGCGCUGACUGCAUAUAUGUUUGUAUUUAGCCUGGAACAUUUUAGAAAGCUAAUCGCCCUCGAACUAUCGUGGAAAGAGCGAAUUCGCGUCUUUUUCAAUCGAUACUGGAACCUUUUUACAACUUUUGCCAUUUUCCUCUUCUUUCUUGGUUUUGCUCUACGCUACAAUUCGGGCACACAACUGCACGGGCGAGCAGUACUUUGCUGUAGCAACGUUAUGUGGCAUAUGAAGACCCUCGAGUAUCUAUCCAUACAUCCAUUACUCGGGCCAUACAUUCACAUGGGAGGAAAAAUGGUGGUGGCCAUGUCUUAUAUCGUCAUUUUAUUGGUCGUCUCAAUGGCGGCGUUUGGGGUCACCAAGAAUUCAAUGCACGAACCCGGCCAGGAAUGGAAUUGGAUUCUGAUUCGCAACAUCUUCUAUAAGCCAUACUUCAUGUUGUAUGGUGAAGUGUAUGCAGGAGAGAUCGACCCUUGCAAUGAUCUUGGCCCUGACGAGGACCAGAUAGCGAAGGUUGUUUGCGUGAUCGGCGGAUGGGUGCCACCAGCUUUGAUGGUACUCUUCCUUCUCGUAUCCAAUAUUUUACUGAUUAACAUGCUGAUCGCCAUUUUCAACAACAUCUUCAACGAUGCAAUCACGAAAUCGCAAGAGAUCUGGCUAUUUGAGCGAUACCAGCAAGUGCUCGAAUAUACCGAUACUCCAUUUUGGCCGCCACCAUUUACAAUCCUGCCUCUCUGUUAUCGGACAAUCAAGAAAUGUUUCGGCGUCUGCAAGAGAACGUCGGGCGCGAAAUCGCGCAACCGUGGAGCUGUCAAUAGCGUCAUGAAAAGUUUCCUUGACGAUGAUGGGAUGCGUCGAGUGCACGACUUCGAAGAAGACUGUAUGGAUGACAUGAUGCGUGAAAGAAGACGCCUACUUCGUGAGGGAAACGAUGCUACAUUACGGCAAAACGCUGAACAAGUUGAAACCAUCGCCCAGAAGUGCCAUGAGAUUGCUGGGGAAGGAAUGCAUCUAAGGCAUCGACUUGCGGAACUAGAAAGAUUAUCAGAGCAUGUAUUGCGGCUUCAGAGCCUUGAAAACAACGAGAACGAGAUACAGUUUGGCAGUUUCCGACGAAAAUACCGGAAUCGGUUGAAUUCUUCGUCAAUUUCUAUCAACGCUGAUUUGAACGAGAUGGAGAAAUCGUUGAGUGAUGUGGUCAAGCUUUACCGACAUGGCCUCAUCAGGCGAAGCGAGCACUUUGGCGCCAGAGAGCCAAUCAUCGCCUGCAAAUUUGUUAAAUUGUUGGCCGGGCCGAGUAGAAAACAUACUCGAUGCACCGAUAGCCCCACCGAAUUCGCCAAAACGCUGUCGGAAAAGCUGGCCGGGCCAUGGAUCGAGCAUGCUUUUCAAAAGCUAGAAUGUGGACAUUUUAUUCCGGUACAUGAAGAUUCAGAACGGUGUGGUUGUGGUAGUGCUCUUGGCGAUCAUUCUCAAGCAGCUCUCUCCGGAAUUACCUCCAGCCCUUUGGCAGCCCUAUUUUCCGCUGGUUUGGCCAAUCGUUCUUCAAGACCGGCGCCUGGAUCCUGGAAUAUAAACGAUCACACGAUGGCAUCAAAAACAGACGCAUUCGGCCAGAUUGUUUUCCAGGGUGGUGCUCAUGCGCACAAAGCUCACUAUGUGAGACUCGCCUACGAUAGUGAUCCGGAUGAAAUCUGUUAUUUGUUGGAGAAAGUAUGGGUUCUUCCCCCUCCACGGCUUGUAAUUACCGUCCAUGGAGGGAUGAGCAAUUUUGAGGUCCACGAAAAGCUUGGCCGUUUAUUUCGGGAAGGGCUUUUGAAAGCAGCACAGACCACCGGUGCUUGGAUUCUGACGCAUGGAAUAGACAGUGGAGUAGUUCGACACGUAGCCCGUGCUUUGGAUGAGGCCGGAAUAUCGGCGAGAAUGCGUUCACGUGUCGUCAUUAUCGGAAUCGUAGCAUGGGGUGUAUUAAAGGGGAAGAAACGAUUGAUUGGCAAGGAUACGACAGUGGCAUACGAUCAACAUACUUUUCAUUCAAAAACUGGCUGGGGAGUGCUGAAUGACCGACAUUCGUAUUUUCUCCUUGUCGAUAAUGGUACAAAUGGCCGACAUGGUGCUGAAGUGGCUUUGAGGCGGAAAUUAGAGGAACACCUUGCGGAUACAAGUCUACACUAUGGGGCAAGGAAAGUACCGAUGGUUUGUACGGUACUUGAAGGGGGAUCUCACACCAUUGCAGCCGUUAAUCAUUACUUAAAUCGGCAACCGGAAGUGCCAGUGAUUGUUUGCGAUGGAUCGGGAAGAGCUGCUGAUUUGUUGGCUUAUGCGAAAAGAAUGGUCGAGCCUGAUGGACGAUUGCCGUCAGAGGUGAAAAUACAGCUAGAAUCUAUGGUUUCGAAUCUUCUCCACUCCGCGUCGAGCGAUAAAAUUAUCGGGAUGAUCGAGCAAUGUGUUCGACACGAGCAACAGCUAACCGUCUUCCGGCUUGGAGAAAGCAAAGAGGAAGACGUUGAUCACGCUAUUCUAACGGCAAUUCUCAAAAAGCAGAAUCUAUUACUACCAGAUCAGCUUGCCUUGGCAUUGGCUUGGAAUCGGGUGGAUGUUGCUCGGGCUUGUCUAGCUUCAUCUGGCCGUUCCUGUCCGUCAGAGAAGCUUCAUCAAGCGAUGACCGACUCGCUGAGGCUGAACCGCGUGGAAUUUGUCGAAUGUCUAUUGGAGAACGGGGUCUCGAUGAAGUCGUUUUUGACAAUCGAAAGAUUGGAACAGCUCUACAACAUGGAUGAAGACAGUAUGAAUUCUGUACGUCUCCUUGAUCCGGAAGACAAUGGAGAAAGUGUACGUUACCUAACGCUGCCGGAUAUAGGUGAAAUAAUCGAGCGGUUGAUGGGUGAUGCCUAUAAAUGCCCGUAUUCUACCCGACCCUUCCGUUCCAAAUAUGACUUACGUCAUCGGCGGGCCAGCGGUUUGAAGGGAAAUCGUCGGGUGAAGCGAUCGUUGGGAAAGGAUCAGAACGCCGAGGCGACGUUGCCCGACAAUGAUUGCGAUUUCGCCUUUCCGUUCAAUGAGUUGAUGAUUUGGGCCGUGCUAUCGAGAAGAGCCGAAAUGGCCCGCUGCAUGUGGCAUCAUGGCGAAGAUGCUUUGCUAAAAUGCCAGACAGCCAUACGAUUAUACAAAUCUAUUGCAAACCUCGCCGAACAAGAGUACCUUGAGUUGGAGGUGGCCAAAACGUUGCGGGAGCAUGCCGCUGAAUUUAAGCGUGAAAGCUUACUUCUUCUCGAGCACUGCCACCAAACAGAUGCCGAGUUGACUGUAUCUCUUCUAACUGCCGAAAUGCCGCGUUGGGGCCAUCAUACCGUACUCUCCCUUGCUGUUCUUGCCAACAAUAAAGCCUUUCUAGCGCAUCAAUGCUGUCAGCUAUUAUUGGCCGAGCUAUGGCAUGGUGGGAUUAGAUUGAGAAGCCGUUCCAAUAUUCGAGUGCUGUUCGGACUGCUUUGCCCGCCAGCCGCCCUCACAUUGGCCUAUCGAGUCAAGCGAGAUGAAGCCAGCGAAGAGAAAGCGGCCCAGAAGCAGAAAGAGGAAGCGCAAGACGCUUGGAAACAGGUAAUCUGGGGCGUUCAAGAAUCACGGUCGAGUCUCUGGCGAGAGCGGAAUAAGUCGGUGGGAGGACAGAUUGCGGCGAUCUUCAAGAAAUCGAUCAUGGGUAAAACAACGAGCACGAGCAGUGUUGGCCGUGGCCAGCGAGAUUCCGAUCCUAUUUUAGAGUGGAGUGGACCAAGAAAAGUGACUUUCGGCCAGGACCUAUCAACCAUCAAUCGAAAGGCUAGCGUCUAUCAGAGUUGCGAGAGCUUCCGACGGCCAGACUCUAGCCUAUCGUGGAUACAAAAAUGGCAUGCCUUUUAUACGGCCCCAAUCACAAAGUUUUGGGCCUGGGCAUUCUUUUUUCACGUCUUCUUGAUUGCAUUUAGUAAUGUGCUGCUCGUGAAAUUUUCGACGAUCCCAACAAAUACCGAAUGGGCGCUGACUGCAUACAUGUUUGUAUUUAGUUUGGAGCAUUGUAGAAAGUUAAUCACCCUCGAAUUACCGUGGAAAGAGCGUAUUCGCGUAUUCUUCAAUCGGUAUUGGAACCUUUUCACAACUUUUGCCAUUUUCCUCUUCUUUCUCGGCUUAUACCUACGCUACAAUUUGAACACACAAUGGCAUGGGCGGGCAGUGCUUUGCUGUAGCAAUGUUAUGUGGCAUAUGAAGACACUUGAAUAUCUAUCCAUCCAUCCACUACUGGGCCCAUACAUCCACACGGGCGGAAAAAUGGUCAUGGCCAUGUCUUACAUAGUCGUCCUCCUGGUCGUUUCAAUGGCAGCAUUUGGUGUAUCUAAGGUGUCCAUCCAUGCACCCGGAGAUAACUGGAAUUGGAUCCUGAUUCGCAACAUCUUCUAUAAGCCAUAUUUCAUGUUAUAUGGUGAAGUGUAUGCAGGGGACAUCGACCCAUGUAACGACGAAGGUCAAUUUUGCAUGCCUGGGAGUUGGGUACCAGCAGCUUUGAUGGUACUCUUCCUUCUCGUAUCGAAUAUUUUGCUGAUUAACAUGCUGAUCGCCAUUUUCAACAACAUCUUCAAUGAUGCAAUCACGAAAUCGCAAGAGAUCUGGCUAUUUGAGCGAUACCAGCAAGUGCUCGAAUAUACCGAUACUCCAUUUUGGCCACCACCAUUUACAAUUUUGCCUCUCUGCUAUCGGACACUCAAGAAAUGUUUCGGCGUCUGCAAGAGAACGUCGGGCGCGAAAUCGCGCAACCGUGGAGCUGUCAAUAGCGUCAUGAAAAGUUUCCUUGACGAUGAUGGAAUGCGUCGAGUGCACGAUUUCGAAGAAGACUGUAUGGAUGACAUGAUGCGUGAAAGAAGACGUCUUCUUCGUGAGGGAAACGAUGCCACAUUACGACAAAACGCUGAACAGGUGGAGACGAUCGCACAGAAGUGCCAUGAGAUUGCCGGGGAAGGCUUGAAUCUAAGGCACCGACUUGCUGAAUUAGAAAGGCUAUGGGAGCACAUCGCCCGACUUCAGGCGUUAAAGCGAGAUAUGAGGGAAGAGCCUGGUCUUCAUUACGACCGGAAUCCCUCACCCUCUAGCCAAUCUCUUCCGGACACGAACGCGCCUCCAGCAACAACCGGGCCUCGAGAGAGGCACAAAAAACCCAUGAUCGGCGCAAUCGCUGAGGGAAUACCCGCGAAUUUUGUAGCCAGGGAGCAUCCACAAAAGAAUCGGGUUGCUAGCUUCCGACGAAAAUACCGGACCCGGCUAAACUCCUCGUCAAUUUCUAUCAACGCUGAUCUGAAUGAGAUGGAAAAAUCGUUGAGAUGUCGUGAUUGUUCGACACCAAUCCAUUCUUUGGAGCGCCCAGAGACGCCUAGAAAAUCUUCGCAUUCA